AUGCUCGCCGCGCUGGCUCUGGGCCCCGCCGAUUUCGCCACUCCUGCUUCGAGCCAUUCGUGCACUCAGGAGCUCGCAAGCUGGAUCAACGCUCACGGCGGGCGCGUUCACCUCGGCGCUGCCACCGUGGCCGGCCUGCGAGGCCUGGUUGCUCAGCGAAGCUCGGCCGUGGGAGACGUUCUGCUCGAGGUGCCACUGGAGUGUGUCCUCUCCACCGCCGGCGACGGCGCGCCGCUGCCGGCAGAGCCACCACCGUGGACCGCGUCGCUGCCGUGGAACGUCCAGCUGGCGCUCAGCGCUCUCGAGCGGGAGCGGGACGAGCACUGGCGGCCGUUCCUCCAGAGCUGGCCUGCAGAGUCGCCGGCCCUCCCGCUGCUCCUCGAGCCCGAGGCGCUCUCCGCCGCGCAGGACGACGCGUUCGAGGCCGACGCCGACGCAGCCUGCUUCUGGCUGCAUGAGCAGUACCUCGAGGCGUGCGACGCAGCAGAGGCGGCGGGCCUGGAUGCGCCCGCCGAGCCCGCCUUUCGGCGAGCGCUGCAGCUGGUGUGGAGCCGCUGUCUCCGCCUGCGCGCGGGCCCGCACGGCACACGCAGGCUGCUCGUCCCGAUGGUAGACCUGGCCAACCACGACGGCGUCGCGCCCGCCGCCCUCUUCGCCUUCUCUGCCGCGGGACGCCGCGGCGCGUGCGUGCGCCUCUACGCCGCGCGCCCUCUGGAAAAGGGGGACGAGGUGACAAUCACGUACGGCGACCACCCGAACGCCCACUUUGCGAAGUACUACGGCUUCGUGCCGCGCCACAACCCGCACGACACCGUGUCGGUCGCGCUGCCGCAGCUGCUCGAGCUCUCGGGCGCCGCGCCGCCCUCCGGCGCCUGCUGGGUGGAGACCAGCCAGCGGGCGGCCCAGCUCGCCGCGAGGCUCGACGCGUAUGAGACCUCUGGUCUUGACGACGAGGAGGAGGACGAGGAUGAGGACGAGGAGGACGAGGGGGACGGCGAGGCGGAGGCGGUCGUGAGGGUGGCGGAGGUUGUGGCAGCGGCGCGCCUGCUUCGAGACCUGCGCGGCUCGAUGCUGCAGCUCGCGGUUGCGGGGCCGAGUGGCGCGCCGGCUCGGAUGCGCGCGCUGCAGCGCCCGCCGCCCCUCUACCCGCACCUCGAGGCGCUCCCUCCUGAGGCGCGGUGCGAUCCAGCCUCUUCCGGAGGGUCGAAAGCCCUGGGCGCCGGCGCGCUGCAGUGGAGCACGAUCCUUAUCCGCUGUCAGCGCACGACGCUGUCACUAUCCGCGGUCUGGCUCUUCAGCGGCUGCGUCGGCAAGUGGCUAACACGCGCCGGCAUGAUGGCCCCGCCGGACGUGAAGUAG